AUGUCUGUUGAUGUGUUGGUGUGUGCUGAAGAAGAAGUAGAAGAAGAAGAAGAAGAAGAAGAAGCAGAAGAAGAAGACGAAGACGUGGAACGACGAUAA